GGUAUCAAACGGCUGAAAAGAAAUAUGCCAGCCUGCUUGGCUCCUUGGAGGGCUUCUCCGUGUGUCUUUAGAUCCUCCAAAUCAGAACUCAUGCCAAAUCUAGCCAGUGAUGGAGUUGUCUGUGCUCCGCUUCAAACAUUCACCGAAGAGGAAUCGAUGCUGAAAAAUAUGGUGACAAAAUUUGCUCAGGAACGAGUUGCACCUUUGGUGCAAAAAAUGGAUGAGAAUUCGAAAAUGGAAGACUCUGUAAUACAGGGAUUGUUUGAACAAGGGCUGAUGAGUAUCGAGCUUGGGGAAGAAUAUGGAGGAACUGGAGCUUCGUUUUUUUCAACCAUAUUGGUGGUAGAAGAAUUGGCCAAAGUUGAUCCAGCUGUGUCUCUUCUGUGCGAACUCCAAAACACACUAACAAAUAAGUUGUUUACCAUCUAUGGAACAGAAGAACAAAAGAGAACUUACUUGCCCAGAGUGGCUAAAGAUACAAUAGGCAGCUUCUGUCUUUCGGAGGCUGGAUCCGGCAGUGAUGCUUUUUCCUUGAAGACUCGGGCUGAAAAGAAAGGAGACUACUAUAUUAUCAAUGGCUCAAAGAUGUGGAUCAGUUUAGCGGAACACGCAGGAGUUUUCUUUGUGAUGGCAAAUACAGAUCCGUCCUUGGGAUACAGGGGAAUUACAUGCUUCGUAGUAGAUCGCAACACAGAGGGACUACAUGUAGGGAAGAAGGAGGACAAGCUUGGAAUCAGAGCAUCUUCUACCUGCCCAGUAACAUUUGAAAAUGUUAAGGUUCCUGAGACCAGUAUCCUGGGACAGGUUGGACAAGGCUAUAAGUAUGCCAUCGGACUGCUCAAUACCGGCAGGAUAGGUAUUGCUGCACAGAUGUUAGGACUGGCACAAGGGUGUUUUGACCAUACGAUUCCCUAUACAAAGGAGAGAGUCCAGUUUGGGAAAAGCGUAUUCGAUUUCCAGGGGAUGCAACAUCAGAUAGCUCAGGUGGCCACGCAGCUGGAGGCAGCGAGGUUGCUGACCUACAACGCAGCCCGUCUUGCGGAAACGGGAAGGCCGUUCAUAAAGGAGGCCAGCAUGGCCAAAUACUAUGCUGCUGAGGUUGCAACGCUGACAACUAGUAAAUGUAUCGAAUGGAUGGGUGGCGUUGGAUUCACAAAAAAUUAUCCGAUAGAAAAGUAUUAUCGUGACUGCAAGAUAGGUACAAUAUAUGAGGGAACUUCAAAUAUCCAGUUGAGCACCAUUGCAAAAAGCUUGGCACAGGAGUACUGAAACCAUAAGGACUUCUGACUGUUCAUGGAAAUAAUUUCACUGAA